UGUACGUGUAGUUUGUGUUUGUUAGAUACAUAGGUGGUACCUAUUUAUAAUAACUAGUUGGUGCAUUGUGUAGGUACGUGAUUAAAGUAGUUAUCACUGAUGGAUAUAAUGUAUAAUUUACAGAAAACUUUUAUUGCUUUAUAUUUAAUUCACUUUAACUUGUGCCAUGGCAACAAUUGGCAUUACUCAUUGUCUUCAAUAUAUAAACUGUUCGACUUGGAAGUCGAACAUAUAAUGGCAACGGAAGCAUACAUCAAAAAUGAGUAUAAACGAUUAGAGGAUAUCAAAAUGUUUAUAGAACAACGAAAGAAACAAAACGAAAAAGAGUUGGCAGAGUCGUACACGGAGAGCUCAAUAAAUGCGUUCAAAACCAUUCUACGAAUUAAAAAUGAUUGGGAAACAUUAAAAAACAAAACUGCACAAACAACUCCGAUUGGGGAAUUCAAAGAUAAAUCAGUGACUUAUGAUAACAUUGUCAGUGGAUUAAAAGCUAUAAGAAGGUUACAGAUUAUUUACGAACUUGAUACGCAAGACAUAUCUAAUUGGAACAUUGGCGGCCAUCCAUCUCAACCGUUUGAUGUUAACGAUUGUUAUGAUAUGGCAUCUUUGUGUUACGAUAAUGCUGAAUAUCACUGUGCAUACUGGUGGUUUGUCGAAGUCUACGAUAGAAAUAAAAGAGACGGUAAUAAAUUAAAAAUUGAUUACAGUACAUUCAUGAAAAAAUUUGCUUGGUCGAGUUACUUAGUUGGUGACGUCGAUGGUGCAAUGUAUAUAUUAGAGGAGCAUGCCAAAGGAACUAACGAAAUUAAUGAUGAUAUAAUAAAUAUGCGAUUCACAGUAUGGGCCGGAAAUAACGUUUUUAAACGCAACACGGCAGACGAUCAUGAUAAAAAGUUCUACUCGUAUUCACUUCAAAAACUAGAUUCAGAGAAAGAAGUGAGUAAUUUCAAAACUGCAUGUCAGAGUACAACGGAUUUUAUUUACCCUAAAUUUAAAUGCCGUUAUUAUCAUGGAGGUCGUAAAUAUUUGAUGAUUGGUCCAUUACGCGAAGAAAUUGUAUCAUUAAUACCGAGCAUGAAGCUGUAUCACAACGUUCUGUAUGACGACGAAAUAAAAAAGAUAAAAGAAUUGGCGAAUCCAAAGCUGGAAAAAUUGUCGAUCGAUACAAACGAGGAUAUAUCCCUCAGAAAAGUGGCAUCGUUUAGAAAACACAAUGAUCAAGUGUUCGAGACAAUUCACCACAGACUUGCUCAAAUUUCUUCAAAGCCCACAACGAACAUAGUGGACAAAUAUGUGGUUACUAAUUACGGCAUUGGUGGACAUUACUUACCGCAUACUAAGUACAUAGACGAUAACCAUUUGAUCAACAGCAAAAGACGAGACGCCAUAGUUAUUAUCCAUAUGGACGACGUGCCCGAAGGAGGUGCCACGGUGCUGCCUAAUGUAGAAUUUUGUGUGCCAAGUGUCAAAGGCUCUGCACUAGUUAUAUACAGUACGAGGAAUACUUUGCCGCCGAUAAAAGAAUUAUUCGAAUUCGCGCAGUACGGUUCUUGUCCAAUAGUUUACGGUGACAAAUGGACGUUGACAGCGUGGUUAAAAUGACAUAACGAACGCAUAUCAUCUACUAUAUAGAAUAGUUUAUAAACGUGUCCACAGUAAUCUUAACUAAUCUAUCGACAUAUAUCAAUAUACCAUGUUAUAAGCUACCUAUGUUCUUCAUAUAACGCUACAUCGAUGGAGUAACAAAAGAAUUAGUAACUAUAGUAGGUACUUAUUGGAACAUAAUAUAAAUAUAAUAUAUUAAUAAUUAAUAUGUAAAACGUAUUAUUAUUAUUUUGUAUUUUAAUAUAGAUAACAUAUUUUUUUCGUAAUUAACAAUUUAGAAGGCAAUUAAAUAUUAAAAUGAAUUAUUAAUAAAUCGUUUAUAUGUGUAAAA